UGUCGACUCUGGCACUACCAUCUCACUUACUUGUUACGUAGAGCAGAGUCGCGUGGCACCGUUGUACAUUUUCUGGUACCACAACUCGCGCAUGAUCAACUACGACCAGGAGCGCGGUGGGGUGGUCGUUCACAUGGAAACGGAGCCUCGCGUCAUGUCGCGUCUCACCAUCGCCGACGCCCGACCCUCCGACUCAGGCAACUACACAUGCGACGCAGACAACACGCUGGCUGAUAGUAUCUCUGUCUAUAUCACUGCAGGCAGCAAAAUCGCUGCGCUGCAUCCUCGUGACAUCGAUGUCGCGGCUCCGCUGUACAUCUGUCGCUUCCUCGUGCUGGUCUUGACAGCCCUGCCGCUGAUGCUCCAACACUUCCUCGAAUUUUGUUUCGGGUUCCAGCAUUUGAAAUUCAAAGGCAAAAACCUGGAGCGGUGCAACUAUUGUCAGCGUACAGAUUUUUCCGCAGAAAGAACAUCUAUUUACGGAUCAGGAGGUGAUCGCCGCCUUGGAAAGAAUAAUCCAACACACGUUGAGGACACCGCGACUUCAACGUGACAUUAAACGCAGUGCUAUCCUUCAUGGAGAUAUCGGCUUACCAUUAACAUUGAAGUUGGGGCUCCGGGUAAACCUGGUGCUGAGUACUUCAGUGAAAAUACCAGCCAAUUCAAUAUUAUCAUUUGUGGGAUAGACGAGAGAGGUAUUCAAAGUGUUGGAACUUCUUAAUAAUAGAAUUAACCGAACAAUCAACAAUCAUAUUGAAGGACUGAAUAAAUUUAACAUUAAAAUCUUUAUUAUUCGGCCGUCAAUAUAUUAAAUUUUGUGUAAAUAUUUAUUAUUUUUUACUGAGUUAGCGUUCAAUAAAACGUCUCGGCGUCAACAAGGAAACAAUUAGAUUUUACGAUAAGUCAGCAAGUUACAGUGCAUAACCAGAAAAUCGUUGUAAAAAAUCUUUUUUUCGAGUUACGUAUUCAGUGGAGUUAGUUUGCUGUAAAAAUUUGUGUACAAAUGUGAAUUUAUCUAUUAAGAGCGCGAUGAUAAAUAAUACUGCUAAGUUAUGAAAUGGUCAUUGAGUAAAUACCCACGCUUCGGAUUUAUAACUCAACUUGUCUCUCCUUGCUUCUCUCGCUUAAUCCUGGCUAAAUCUAACGAUCAAAUCGAAUGCAGGUGCUGUGAGUCGGUCAUUCAUAUAUAUUGUCGGUCUAUAUUUUAUAUAUUGUCUGUCAUUCAUAUUUUUCGCUCGGACCAAGUUACCUAUUUACUCACUAUUUUUCAAUAACGUUCACAUCUCAUUGCAAAAAAAAACGACUUAAUAAACUACUCAUCGGGAAUUUUUAUGCGCAUUUGCAAUAUAAGCAAUGUUGUCCGUGAUUGAGCGCUAUUUGUACAAUGAUUUGUGGGAAGCUGCAAUAAACUGCAUACAGGAAGCUUGCUUUCUGUACAGUGUAUACUGUUAAUUUCUCUAUGUUAGUGCUGUGUACUCGUCAAUAACACAUGUGAAUGUCACAAUUUUCAUCAGUAAUUUCCUGGAAAUUCUGAUGCGUCAGGAUGUGAAUUUAAAAGUGUCAUCAAAAGGGCAUUCGUGGAGGAGCAAACGGUGUUUUCCGCCAGAUAUUUCACCGUGUCAACGAAUUUUUCAAAACAUCCUAACGUAAUUUGCCAUGCAGUCUCGUCAUUUAUUAUACCGUACUCAAUCCAUUUAGAGCCAAAAGAGCCUAUACUGUAUUUCCUUAUUAUUAAAUUAUAUAACGGGGUUUCAUGGUUUUAAUACCUGUAAAAAAUCAUGGUUUUAAAACAAUGAAAAACCGUUAUAUAAUUUGAGAGUAGUAUUUCACGCAUGUAGAAUUUUAUUAGUAAUGACUGAUCUUUGUUUUUGAAAACAGGAUUCUUGUACGAGACGAAAUAUUCAUCUAAUACUCCUUCAAAUCCACAUUCAAGACAUUCAAUUACAAUUGCUUUACCUUGUGUAUCUGUUUUCAUAUAACCCCAAACUCCAUAUAAUCUAUAAAUGUCGAAAUUUCAUUUUUCAUUUGUCAAAAAUCAAAACUUCACUGUUAUGAGCAAUAGAAGAACAAAGAAUUUAUAUAAAAUUCGAUAUAAAAGAUUUCUGCACCGAAAUUAAGAACAGCAGCAUGGAAAUUAUUCGGUCACUUGAUCAAAAGAUUUGUGAGCAA